UGGAAUUUGAGGAAAGUUUAGCCUCAAAGUCUAAUCCACCGCUUGUAACCCUGUGGAAACCUUCAAGUUACCUUUGGGGAGGUAAAUUUUUUUGAUUUUCACCUAUUCUAACUUAUAAUUUGUUGUGAGAGAUUCGACAUAGAUGAUGAGGUACUGACUUAAAUAUAACUUAAAUUUUGGAGCAUAUAUUAUGUGAGCUGGGAUUUUUAUUGUUCUAAGUAUUUUUUAUAUAUUUAUUUGGCACCGAUCCUAUUCAAAGACACAGGUAAAUUGAAAAGCUUACGCGGAAGGAUCUAGAAUUAAUAUGCUACUGCAAAACCCUGUUGCAAAUUUUGCAUGUAAUUCUAGAGCUAAAGGGAACUUGAUCUUAGCUUUUUGUUCUCUCUUUGGAAUGCGUCGAUCACGCUUUAUUCUCGAAGUUAUAGCGCUUCGAUACCUUUCAUAGUGUUCUUAAUAUACUCUUGAUUCGAAUAUUUUCGAAGUCAGCGAGACUGUAAAAGAAAAAUAACCCUACUUCCUUAUCGCUUCUAGAGAGAAGGAUGUAUUUAAAUUAUCAUCAGUUUAAAACACUUUCCCACAACAACACGUAUAGCCUGGCUGGGAUCUGAUCUGGCUUGAACGUGAAGAGUUUUACAAAGUCCAAAGCCCAAGUUUAACACCAAUUCGGAUUUUCUCUAUUAUUAUAACCAGGACCUUGUUCCAGAGGAUGUGGUUAGAAGGAGAGUAUGUUUUGGAAAUUUUUAAAAAAAGUUUCUUUGUUUUUAAGGUCAUUUUGAGUGGCCAGCUGGAGAAAAUGUGAAUAUGGUAAACAGCCUUAAAAAUCUAUUUCAGAGGGCCAACAUAACAUGGUUGUAAUUUCACUGCCUAUGCAAAUAUCAUUUUAACAGGUGUGCUCCAGAAACCUUUACUGGUGUUGAUAUAUCAUUGUUGAUCUAUAUUAUUGAGGAUGAUCUAUUCCUACCUAAACUCAGAAUUCAAAUGCUGAAAAUAAUAAAAGGCAGAUAUUGCAGAGUACUUUCACUUGUAAAACUUUCCACUUGUUCAACAGUAAUGAAUGGUAUCUGGUCACCUCGUCACCAAACCAUCUUGCCACCAAGAAAUAGAUAAUCUUAAUACUUAUCGAAAGGACAAGUCGAUAAAAAGAAUUCUUUCACUUUACAAUGAAAUACAAGGAGGCAAGAUUCGAGUGACCACACUAACCAACUUUUAUAAGAAAGGUUGUUUGGUUUUGAACAAAUGGCACCUCUCAAGCGAUGCCAUUAAGCCAUAUUAAGGUGUUAAAAAGUUGGAAUAAUAAUUAUUCAAACAAAAAAAACAGCUUAAGAUGAGAAGCUCGACAUAAGGUGUCAAUUAAAAUUGAUAAGGUUUUAUUUGGGAAGAGUUAUUAUGUGUUGGUGAGCAGAUCUUUUGGUGGAGAGAUGACGGUCCGUAAACAUGUCAUUAUACUUCUUUGUAGGUUUUGUCAAUACUGUGACAGGGAGUGUAAAGGUUGUUGUAACAUCCUCGAACCUGGACAAGGAGGAUAGAGAUCAUUAUAAUAUCCUAAAAGAAAUAUGCAAACCAUAAAGUGUGUAGUGGUUGGAGAUGGUGCUGUAGGAAAAACGUGUUUACUGAUAUCCUACACAACAAAUAAAUUUCCAAGUGAAUAUGUUCCAACGGUAAGCGAGGCAUUUUUAUAUAAUGAUAAGUUUAACCCACCCAACACCAUACAAAAUGGUGACCUUCCUUAAACUUGAAUACAGUCUUGAACCUCUCUCUACAGACACCUGCUUAAAUACGGAUAUGUCAUUAUUAUGGAUAGUAUCCAUUGCAUCAGUCUUUACAGUAAAAAAAAAUUCAACCCACUUAAUACAGACACCCUGUUAACAUGGACACUUUGCCUUGUUUUGAAAGUGGCAUGUUCAGUUCUUUCUCCACUGUCAGAGUAAGAAAAAAUUUUUCUUAUCUACCUGUCCUUCUGGCAAGCACUAUUUUACAUUUGGUUCUCCUAAAUCCAAGAGGUUUUGUCCAAAAAGUUUUGCUUGAAACUCAAGAACAAUUGAUCAUUUAAUGUCUUUAAUCACCCUAUUAUCCUUGUAAAUUAUUUUUUAUUUAAACCUGAAAUGGAGAGCUCAUAAAAACAAAUGAAAUGGCUGCAGAAUUGCAAAGUUUAAAAAAAACAUUUUAAUGUUAGUUUGUCAAGUAUGAGGUUUGCUUUUAUAACUAUAAGAUUAAUUCUCUUAUAAUUUGAAGUCAAUUUUCAACUGUUUCUGAAUUUUGUCUUCUUAAAAAUGUGCUUGUCCCCACAGACAGGUCAUGUUGAAGUUUUUCUUGUCCAAACUAAAUUUUUACCUGUCCCGGACAAUCAGACAUAGGUUUUGGCACACCCUGAGUAUUGAGCAACUGCUGGGAAGCUUCGAAAUCUAUUCGGUUCUCGUCACUUCUGACACACUAAGACUAAUGUAAUGUUUAAUCACAUUUACAUAGCUGAAAGGAUUUUUAAAGAUGUAGAAUAUUUUUGUUUACCAGGUGUUUGAUAAUUAUGCAGUCACUGUGAUGAUUGGUGGAGAGCCUUUCACAUUAGGACUGUUUGAUACUGCAGGUAAGAGUAUAUGACAGCAUAUAAAACUUUCUGUAUGCAUCUAUCAUGGCUGGCAUUAAGGUUUUCAAAUUGCAGCCCGUCAGAAUUUUACAUAGUGGUCAAUUGUUAAACGAAUUCACUUGUGACUGUUGUGUUCUACCCGAUUUCAAACUAAGGGUAGCUGGCCUUUCUUCGUACCAAUUAAUUUAAGGGCUAAUUAAUCUGACAAGCAUGAAGUCUCAAAGGAAUGCCAGGUCUAUAGCUGAAAGAUUUUUUUGAUGUUUUCUAAGUCCUACACAACAUUCAUUGGCUGCAUAUGAAUAAGCACUAGGUUUGUGAAGUUCUAAAAACACAUCCAAGGCUUGAAUAAACUGAUGCCAUGUCUGCAAAGCUUAGCAAAGAUAUUUGGGGGUGGGGGAAAGGGUGUAGAGAUUCCAAGUUCCCAGCUAUGCAGCAUGCAAAGAAAGUCAUGUCCGAUAGUCCGGGGAUAGUUGAUUUUGCUUCCGGGCUAGUGAAUUUUGUUCAGUUACUAUGGGGUGGGGUAGGGGACUGAAUAGCUCAGGAAGUUUUAUUUUUGGAAGUUUUCCUAGCAAUAGCCAGGGGAAGCCCCAGGCCCGUAGCUGCCCCUUGGUGAUAGCCUUGGUUUAACUAUGAAAAAUGGAGAAUGUUCUAAACACACCUUUUAGUUUUAUUGACAGUGUUUUUUUUCUUCAACAGGUCAAGAAGACUAUGACAGACUGAGGCCCCUUUCAUACCCUCAAACAGAUGUGUUCCUUGUGUGUUUUUCUGUGGUGUCGCCAUCUUCAUUUGAAAAUGUUAAAGAAAAGGUAGCUGAGAUUUAUGAUCGGUAGCUCUUUUGUCACAUAUAAUGACGAGUAAAAAUUGAAAAAGGCAUCCAAAUUCCUUUUUGUAAAAUUCAAAGAUAUGAAGAGUACAAUGAAACAUAGUCUACAGUCAGUAACAAAGUAGUUGAAACACUAUUCUCAAAUGGAAUGACUUCAGGGAACAAAACAGUCCACACCACUUCCCCAUUCAAAUUUGGGGUGAUUGUUGUUUCUUACAGGUAAAUGGAAGAGCAGCAAAACAUCACAUGGAUGGGGGGUGGGAAGGAAAGCUUCAUUUUCCCCUAACCCCUGAAAUGCCCUUUUGGGUAAAGUGUCUCAACUAAUUUUGUCACUGAAUUUUGGUACAGAAACUUGUUAAGCUCUCAUUAUGUAGGCUUCUUGUGGUUUAUGUCUGACUUACCUAGCUGAGAACUCGCCCUCAAGGCCCCCCCUCCCCCCCGACAAUUAUUUUUAGCUGUUUGUUGUAAAACAGUUAUUUUGUUACCUCUGCUCUCCGCGUCCACGUCAGCAUAAAAAUCUCCAAAGGUGCAAAAUAAUUCAUGGAAUGUGUCCGGUAGGACGCAAAGAUCAAUUGAUCAAUCUGGACGUGUGUAUUUGUAGAAAUAUCCAGCCUGUUCACGUAAUUUCUGUGGCAGUUGUUAUGGCCGUUGUUUAACGAUGCAUAUUUCUUCUAGCCUUUGUUGUGCUUUAAAAUAGAAGGACUAUAUUUUAAUUUCAGUAUACUGUAAUACAGAGGUUUGGAGUCUGCCUUCAGAUUAACUAAAUCCGCCUUUUCUCAGCUUUAUAACAUUAGGAGAAUUAGGAAGUAUCUUACAAGGGACACCUCUAAGACGUUAGUACAUGCCAUGAUUACAAGUAGAAUUGAUUACUGUAACAGUUUGCUGUGUGGACUCCCAGACAACUCUUUAAACAAACUUCAGCGAGUUCAAAAUGCAGCAGCCCGGCUUAUAACUGGAACAGCAAAGUUUUCUCACAUAACUCCGGUGCUCCGCUCCCUUCACUGGCUUCCCAUAAAACAAAGAGUUCAAUUUAAAAUGUUAAUUUUAAUUUUUAAAGCUAUUAAUCGCCUAGCUCCUAAUUAUAUUAGUAAUUUAGUUAACAUUCUAUGCCCUAGCAAAUAUUUGCUUCGUCGAAACAAUGAGAUACUAUUGGAACCAUACAAUGGUAAAACCAAGAAAACGCUAGGUGACAGGGCGUUUGCCGUGGCAGCCCCCAGGCUUUUUAAUUCACUCCCUCGUGAAAUCAGACACGAGACAUGUUUUAACACUUUUAAAACUAAGGUUAAGACUUUUUUGUUUCGCAUGGCUUUCUGUUAAUUUUAUCUAAUUUAAUUGCUCAUUAUCUUAUUUUUAAUGUGGUGUAAUUUAGUUCUGUAUUAUGUAUUUUUAGUUUUUGUAUGAUGUAUAUAGUUUUCUUAUUGCUUUUGUUUAUAGUUUUUAGGUAUCCUAGAUGUAACGCGCAUUUGAUCAUAUUCGAAUGUUAAUUUGCGCGCUAUAAGCAAUAAUAUUAUUAUUAACUGUCUGGUUACAUAAAGGCCCAAGCAUUUUCAAUUUGGUACUCAUUGUUUUUGAAUUGGGACUCAUUGGUUCUGGACUGGGAUUCAUGAUUUUUCACAAGAUGAGUCCUAGGACUCACCAUGACAAUAAUUUGUAACAAAAUGACUGGUAAAAGUGCUGUUACUAAUAGUUUUUUGGUUUUGUUUUCAGUGGGUUCCAGAGAUUACCCACCAUUGUCCGAAGACACCAUUUUUACUUGUUGGUACCCAAGUCGACUUACGGGAUGAUGCAGGAACAAUAGAGAAGUUGAUCAAGAACAAGCAAAAACCCAUCACUGUUGAAUCUGCAGAAAAACAAGCACGAGAGCUGAGAGCUGUCAAAUAUGUAGAAUGCUCUGCGUUGACACAAAAGGGCCUGAAAAAUGUCUUUGAUGAAGCAAUCUUAGCAGCACUUGAACCUCCAGAGCAACCGAAGAAGAAAAUUUGUUCUUUGCUUUAAAGAGUGGAAGAUGUUCAAAGACGUACUCACAGUCAGGACCCAAAACUGAAAAGGACAGGCCUUGGAUUAACCUUAAGCAGUACUGGUGAAGCUAACAGUAUCUAGUAAACUUGUUACAUGUACAUUCACAUCUGAAGUACUGGUUUUUCCAAGAGAAACAUUAAGAACUUAAAAGAUUUUUUGCAACUCUACAUGAAAAGAAAUCUUAUAAAUAACAUCAAGCUACUUUUUACUGGUAUUAAGUGUUUUUUUUUUUUGCUAGAUUAGUUUUACACAUUCAACUUUUUUCUACUAUGAACAACUUUGAGGGCUGAUGUUUUCAUGAUAGAAAAUCAGCAGAAUUUUUUUGUGUGAAAAUUAUUUGCAGGGACGUUGCCAUUAAGUCAAUAAGUAUUGUAUAAGCCCUGGGCUUACACUGUCUCAAGAGGUCUUUAGUGGCUGGUAUAUAUUUGGAGGUAGGGGUUAAGGUCAGUAAUUGGCCGAAAUGUCUCUAAACAAGUCAAUGCUGAAACAUACUUUUAUUUCACUGAAAGAAAAUAUUCAAAAUUGCAUGAAAAACAUAGAUUUGUUAUUAUUAUUAUUAUUAUUAUUAUUAUUAUUGUUAUUAUUACUUCAAGUGUAAUAAUACUAAUAAUAAUAGUACUUAAUAAUUAGAUAAAAUAAUUUUAUUUUAUUAUUAAGUACUGUAUUGUAUUUUAUUAUAUCAUUACCUUUAUUCUCAUUAUUUUUACCCUGUUCCAUAGCAACCAUAGUUCCACUAUUCAUGUCUUUUUGCUUGGUACUAUCGCACUUUUUCAAGUUCUUAGUCGAUGAAUCCAUUCACCCACUAACCAAAACUGCAGCUCGAAAGAGUGUGGUGUCUGUGCUGAUCAGCUUAGUAAAUCACUUAAUCUUAAACAAGUUUUGGUCACACUAGCCAACCAUCAACAUUGAUAAUAAGCAGAAGGAAAGUGCUUCUGUUUUGUUUUAGAAAAUUUUGGGAUCUCGUAUCACUUGUCUGGAUCGAACCUUUGCUUGUAUGGAAUUAUUGAUACAUUUUUUACCAUAAAACAGCUUUCAAGUUAUUGCCACUUGUAUUUUAUUCUGUACAUACAUAUUAGAGUGUAAAAUUAAUGCUCUAUCGUAUACCUAGGAUUAUGGUAGUUUUUUAGGAGGAAAAUUCAUAUGAUGACUCAAAAAAGAAGAUAACUUGGGCUGGUGAGGGUAGAAUAAGAUAACAAUUACAAAAUCAAGAGAGAUGUUCUUUAAUUCAGUGAUUAUUUAAAUUAUCUUGAUUCAGCAUGUACUUUUAUCUUUGGUAAGUAAGCAUGUUCCUUUUCUAGACUUAAAGCUUUCCUAAUUCUGUUUGGUUCUUAGUAGUAGCUAUUGGUGGAUGUCGCAUGUGAUGCGAUUGUAAACAUCCCAGGGGCUUACUCCUCUGAGUUUGUGAAGAUUUUUUUGUAAGGAAGUGAAAAGCCAAACAGUAUCAACCUUAGAUUUUUCUCUGGUGGAUCUUAAAUGAAAAGGAAUAUUUAGCUGUGUGUAUAUUGAUAGAUAUUAAUACAAGCAAAAAUGCUUCCAAAAUUUCAAAUAUUAUCUACAAACAAUUUAUUAUUAUUAUUGUAAGAGCAGUAAGAUAUAUAUUAAAUUUUUACAACAGGCAUUUUACACUAGUUUUGUAUGCUGCGAAAUGAAGGUCCUGGAGACUACAAAAAUGUCAUUGUUAUGUUUGAGAAUUAAAUGCAAGAAUUUAUUAAAGAAGUUGUUUUAAAUUCAGAUAGUUCUUAUUAUAGAAGCUCAAAGAUAGCCAGUAGCUAUCCCUUGUUACCCUCGACAGUAACUAAUAACAAGAAAGUAUGGGUUACACCAAGGCCAUUCCACCAGUCAGGGGCAGAUCUCGGGGGAGGGUGCGGGGGGUGCGCACCCACCCCUGAGAUGACCUGCGUUUUCUAAUACGACUGGUAUUCUGCAAAAAAACUAUGUGGUUUAUUGGUGUUGAAGUACAGCAAGAGAUGAGUGCACCCCCUCCUGCCAUUUAUAUGACAGUAACUACCUCGACAAUAAACUUUGCUCCAAUCCAAGUGUACAAAACAACUCGGGUUAUUGGGUGGCAUAGACCCAAUGCAAAAAAUGGCUGCUGGAUUGAAGUUCUUCUGUCUGAAUUAAAAUUAACCCGACUUUAGCCUUGUUCUUUAGUACAAAGUUCAAAAGAGCACAUUAUCUCUAUCGAGUCUAGUCAGGCUUAUUUUAAUGUAAACAAAGAAUAUUGAUCUAGCAGCUAUUUUUGCAUUGGUUCUAGAGCUUUCCCUAGGCACAAAGGAAACUGUCCAUAAUUGACUGUAAUACGAACAACAGACACUCUUCUGUGUCUGGAGUCACAAUACUCAUACAACUUGGACCCAACUUUACGGACACUGGUUACAUAGUAUCCUGUUUGAAAAAUGAUAGAUUUCUAUGGGUUAAUACGAUUUUAUUGCGUAAAAAACAGCAGCAAAAUAAUGGACAUGAAUACUUUAAUUCAUUCCGAUAAUUCCAUCUUUCUUCCUGUCUAGUUGACCUUUGUAUGCUAAUACACAAGUGUCACUUCCUUGGCUUUUUGGUGCAGUCAUUAUUUCUACCCUUCUUCCUUUUUACCUGCUUUAUAGUCUUCAUGUCAAUAGAACAUGUAUCCGUGACUUUUUUCUGAGAGCCCACUCAAAACGAACACCUGGAUAAUAUAUUGGACACUAUGUAUGUCCCCUCAGUGUCCAUAUAAUUCAGAACCGAAUUCCACCUGUACUACGGAAAAAGAAAAUUAAAAAAAUCUUUAAAGGAAAAAUAACUGCAAACAAUGGGUACUGAAAUAUGCUCCUGUUACGGUAUUUACCGUAAGUAUUUUGCUGAAGCAAACUUUUUCCCGUCCUUUAGAGGAGAGGAAGUGCAAUACACUGAAAGUGAUAUUUCUAAUUUAUAUUCUCGGGUAAAUUUAGACACUACAGCAUCCUUUUACAACGAAGUAUUUGAUUGGACAGUUUGAAGCCAUCUAAAAUGACGAAAUAAAAACAGACCAAUCACCUUGUGUGAUAGAAAUUGAUAGCUCGAGCCUCGUUUCUAUGGUGCAGUGUGCCUCGAGGGCCCCCGGCUAAUUCAUAAACCAACGCCCCUGGAAAGCCGGACGUUUCGUUGCAAAGGUGGAAUUUCAUGGAAAGUAGGCAGUCAUAAUACUUGAGUUACUGAAGACUUGGCCGCGUUUCUAGGGUAUUAAAGACAUUCACACUCCAUUACGGGUAAGUAAUUUUGCGCUGCUGUAAAAUAUUCCUUGUAGUCCAUGUCUUUAGGCGAAGAAUGAUGUUCGCUUGAUUUUAACGUGGUCAAGCCGCCAUUUCUUUUUGGCUGGCUUGAUACGGAGGCGAUAUUUUAUAAUUGACCUGACUUCUCUUUGCGCGUGGCUAAAAGAGAUUGGUCGAGUUUGAGAGACUUUCAUGGACCGGGUAGGUAACAAGAAGGGUUUUGGUGGACUGACAAUGCUUCUCGGUUUUGUAAUGCUUUGUACAAACCUUCAUUCCAUCGUGGUGUUUAUGCAGCGAAGAAUCCGGCGUUAACUUAUAAAACUUUCAUUGAUCCGUAUUCAAACCAUGUUGGCCUUCAGUUCGCUGUAACUGGCAUGAUAUAACAGUGCAUUAUUGUCUUCUGGUCAACUAUUAAUUGAAACGAGAGUUAGCUUUACAUUACCGAUAAUACAGCCUUGUCUUUUCCUCACUGUUUGAAUGGUUUGUCGGGAAGUCCGUCAAUAAAUUUUUCAGCGCGAGAACGAAUGUUGUGAAUGAGAAUGUUUGUUCUUUCCUUAUGGCAUAUGUGGUAAAAAGCCUUGAACCUUUAAAACAGCGAGAAAUUUUUUCCCUUUGUAAUAAAAUAUCUCUUAAAAUAUCUUAAGGUUGAUUUGCACUUUAUUUCAAGUAAUCUUGUGCAUGUUCGUUCCCGUUGCAGGUUUUGAGAAAAGUUCACGAAACCAUAAAAGUUCUAAUAUUCUAACAAUAUGCAAACCAUUAAAUGUGUAGUGGUUGGAGACGGAGCUGUAGGAAAAACCUGUUUACUCAUAUCUUACACAACAAAUAAAUUUCCAAGUGAAUAUGUUCCGACGGUAAGUGGUAUAUAUGCUGUAACCAUUAAAAUGUCUUAAAGAUCUUAUUUUAAGCUCAUCCAUUUAUCUCGAUUAAUACCCAAGAUGUGCCGGAUCAGUACGAUAGAUGAAACUUUUGAACAUUGUAUUUUGGUUUACUAAAGGAUAUUUUGAUCAUAGAUGCAUGGCAGCCGGUUUUUUAGUCUGAUUAAUCAUUGAGUAUUUUUGAGACGAAUACCCUAAUAGUUUCAGGCCGUUUGCUAUGAUGAGAAUCAAAAUUUUAAUCCCAUUUCAUGUAAAAUUGCACUAUGAAUGUAAAACAUUUUUAGUUUCAGUGUCUUGGUCAUCAAACUACUAAUUAAUAUUCUCGUCACAUUUUAAACUUCUCCUUUUAAUGCAUAUUCUGUUUCAGCAUUUGCACUUGUGCACCUGUGUCCAAAGGGAUCAAAUGGCAUUAGAUUGUGUUGCUUGUUCAAUUUGGUUGCUAAAACAUUGUCUUUUGUAAAGGAAUCAUUCCACAGUGUUUGUUUGUUUGCAUUAGUCAAUAUUUUAACAGCGCAAGAGUUGUACGUCAUAAACCUUCAGGGAUGUGUUUCUACAUACCAUACAGCUUAUCUCUGUCUCUUAGAAAGCCAUUUGUAUAGGCAACAUGUGAUGUGCCUUUUAAAGAGAUGUCAAAUCCUGACAUAAAAUUUUUUAUGGUUUUUCUUAGUUCUCUUACAAGCAUAGACCCACACAUAAAUCCCAUUUUGUUUGUUGAGGACAUAACAGUCAAGCCUGAUUUCCUUAUAACUGCUAUGAUACAAUCACUGAAACAUAUUUCUGCCAGCAUAUCAUUAGCAGUUUACAUGAGAAAAAAACUGUCAAACAUAUAUGGUAAUAUUAGAUGAUAACUGCUAUAGACUUUUAAGUUAUAUUUUGCGGCUGGUUUCCACAUAAUGGAUCAGACUGGACUUUCAGAAGGCAUAGAUAUCCUGGUGGAAUCCAGGCUUGAGUAAAGCAGAACAAAAUACAAGUAAAGCAAAUAAAGAGGCAAACAAAAUGCAUACAUCUGCAAAUAACACUUAAUGUUCAGGUGUAUUGUUAAAAAUAGCAAUAGUGAUAGUGGUUUUUAAUGCACUAGAUAAGAAAGUAAGCUGAACAUUUGAAUACUGUUGAACCUUUGUACAGUCAAAACCCCACUUUACAGACACCUGCUUAAUACAGACACCGCAGUAUUAAGGACAGUUUGCUUCGACCCUGGGAUAAGAAGGCGCCUACGUUUUCUCUAAAUUCAACCCACUCUUCACACAUGCACACAUUCCAUGGCCUCCAUUAGUGUCCAUUUUAAUGGGGUUUGACUGUGUUACAGUCAUGACAUUUGAUCCUUUUGGUAUCAUUCUUCACGUAAACACAUUCUUCUGUGCGUGAACAAAUUCUGUUUACAUCUAUUUAGAAACAUGGCUGAAAUACAGCGUUCACACAACCAGCUAACUAGAGUAUACAAUAAUAAUUAUUCCAGUGGUUCUUACAUUUUUAUUGAGAUUUCUUGAUUAUUUUCUGUUUACGACAUUAUUAAAACUUUAUAGUUGCUUCUUCUUUCGCAAAAAAAGUAACUGACUUCUCUAAGCAAAGUAGCCUACCCAUUUCAUCGGCUGUUGGUGCUUAUGGAAGAUUAAGUCUGUGUUUGUCUUUCAGGUGUUUGAUAACUAUGCCGUAACUGUCAUGAUUGGUGGCGAGCCAUACACACUAGGGUUGUUUGAUACUGCAGGUAACUAUGGCUUCCUUAACUGUUGAUUUUAUCACUUCACAGUGCCACUUAAAGGUGGCAAUAUUGAUGUGUAUAAUGUACAACUAUCCGCCGAAGGGGAGGUGUAUAGUGGUGGAAAUAUACCGAGAAGUGAAGCGUCGAGAUAUACUGUAUCUAGUGCUGUUCACCAACCCUGAGAAGUGUAGUUGUUUUAGUAUUCACCCAAUCUGUUGGAUAAAAAUGAUAAAAAGUAACUUUUUGUAACAUAAAAAUGUCACUUAGUAGGAACUUUAUUUACAAUGUACAAACAUUUCAGGGAUUUUGUCAAGUGCAUUUUUGAUUUUUUGUCGCAAAUUCAGCAUUCUACCUAUAAUGUACCAAUAAACAAUGACAAACCAAAGUUCGUCACUUUCUUGGUAUUUGUUUGUAUGACUGCUUCAUUUAUUUUAUUGCUCAAAUUUCGUCUUUCGAAAAUGCCUCAAAACAAGACGCCAUCUUGGCUUCAGUCGCAUAAUGGUGAAUAGCCAAGGAUAUUGCAAGUUACAGGAGCCAAUCAAAUGCACAAAAAUUGCUAUUCACUGAUUUGGUAAAUACUAAAAUAAAUUCAUUGUUUGUUAACUAUGUUGUAGUAUGAUUGUGGUUGAAAUUGGUCAAGUAACUCAGUGCAGGGUUAAGUAGUCUUCUGAAACUACUUUUCAUCCUUACCAUUAAUCUAAACUGAAGUAACAUGUGUAUUUCUUUUCUUUUAAAAAACCAUUAUACUAGAGUACACCUAAUUGCAAUAACGUUGUCAUAGAAAAAAGCAAAAAGCAAAAAGACAAAUAGGAAUAAAUUAGCCGUGUGACUUACAUUUGCGUAAAUUAAUUCAGCAUUUAACAGAUAUUUAGGAAUUCAUUCACAAUAACAAGAGAUAAUUCUGUAAUUCCACGCUGUAAGAUAGACAGGCGCCAUAGUCAUUUUAGAGCCAACAUUCUCCAUCAACAGAAGUCACACAAUUCGAAAAAGAAAAAGGUAAAUUGACGCGAACAAUAUUAAGUCUCAGUUUUCGCACUUUCAGUCGCCAAUCUAUUAUGUCCUGACAAACCAAGCUUGGUUUGUGGCUCACGUGAGGAACUGGCGGAAGACCCCCUUACCCUUAGCCUCCCAGGCAGGCGUUUUUAGGGGAGCUCGUUUUUCAUCCCUAAAAACGCCUGCAUGGGAGGCUACCUUACCCUCUCCGCAAUGAAAAUUCCUGCCUACACCCCUGAUUUGUUGCUUGAAAAUUGUGAUCAGAUGGUGUCGUGCACUGCAAACCAUACGCAGACUGGAAUUUACCCCAGGCUAUAUUUAUUGAUUUAUUGGUAGUUAUCCGAUGUGCUUUGUAAUUCGAGCACGUUUGAAAUUCGCUAGAUGAAUCAGCCUCGAAUUGCAUUAGAAUGACAUCAAGAAACUGAUGCAAAUGAUUUCUCUCAUAUUACGUGAUUAAUAUUCAGCUAUAAGCAUGUGUGUUGUGAAUGUUGCAAGCUAUGAUAAUUACAUGCUAAUUAAUUCCUAUUUAACUUUUUGCUUUUUGCUUUUUGCUUUUUUCUAUGACAACCUUAUUGCAAUUAGGUGUACACAGGGUUGUCAUUAAGAACCGGGGGCUGGGGAUUUUCCCCGGCUACUAAGAGAGUGGCCCCUGGCUACUUUUAUUGGAAAAUAGAAAAAAUAGAACAAAAAGAAAUCCCUGGCCAUUUGAUUCCCCGCCUAUUUGUUGUAUUUACCCGGCAACUUGAAAUCUCAGUGACAACCCUGGUACAGGUGGAGCCCAAACCUUUGUGACACUUACCUGUCAUAUGUAAAUGAGGCCUUUUUUUCCCCCAAAGCAAUGAAGCUUUUCUCUUUGAUAAUGGCAAGCAUUAUUGGUGUAUUUGUAUGAUGCCCUUUUUAAGCUGACUGAUAAAUAAGCAUAGAUCACAAUGUCUGUGUUUGGUUGAGCAUUCUUGAGUAUCUUUUUAUUUCUUAAAACUAUUUGUGUCCGUUUAGGGUUUGUGCUACUUUUUUGCAUUAAUUUAUUUUUCCUUAUUAAUUAUCUUUCCCUUCAACAGUCUUCAUUAUUUUACAGUUUCUUCAUUGUAAUGUAACAACAUGACCAUAAUCGAGGAGGCACAUGACAAAAAAAUUGGCACGAAGGCAACUUCAUUUGCUCAAUAGAGAUGGCUGUUUCAUAGGGGUCAAAUGUAUUGUUAUUGCGGGAAGCAAAUUCUGGGAAUGCGAUUGGUAACUGCUUACUAGAGGGUGAUUGCUUAAUGGAUGGCUGCAAAUUUGAGGUUUGACUGUUAGUAAUUGUUCAUUGUUUUUAUUCGUUAACAGGUCAAGAAGAUUAUGACAGGCUGAGACCCCUUUCUUACCCUCAGACAGACGUAUUUCUUGUGUGUUUUUCUGUAGUUUCACCAGCUUCAUUUGAAAAUGUUAAAGAAAAGGUAAGGGCCUGAUCUGCCAACCCUAGUCUUUUGAAACUGUGAUUAACUUGUAACAUCUUUAAGGCAACGAUGUUUAAGAUGCAUUGUCAAAAAGUCACAACAUUCACUUCAACAAAUUAAUGUUGUGACUGCCUAGCUGGGCUCCCAUGCCAUUCUAGAAAUCAAUUUAUUGGCCAUGAGUCAUGUGUCAGGCAACCUCCAGCGCAGACGUAGGGGGAGAGGGCAGAUUGAGGUAUUUGAAAAGAUGCUUACGGGCUCUCCACUUCUCUCUUCCCGCCAUUUUUCACUUGUUCGUUAUUUCACAGCUUGCUCGCUUUAACAACUUGUCCGCACUGACUGAGAGCCUGACACAGGUUACAUUUUGCAGGGACACCAGUAGUGGCAUCACCAAAUUUCUGCUGUUUUCUUAGGCUAUCACUGCUUUGGCUCUGUGUGUUAUAUGCAGGGUUUGCACAUCCCUUGAAAGUCCUUGGAAGUUGUUAAAUUUUAAACUUUUAAUUCAAGGCCUUGAAAGUCCUUGAAAAUUGCCAGCGGUUCUUGAAAGUCCUUGAAUUUCAAUGCUAACUUUGUAGUUUAAGUAGAACUUCAAAGUGAAAGAAGCAGACACAGAAAGACCUUCAGGAUGAAAUUACCUCAUGUUGUAGAAGAGCUAAAAAAGGCAUAGACUCAAGGUUCAUUUUUGCACUGAAUUGAGAAAUGUCCUAGAAAAGUCCUUGAAUUUUUUGUUCAAAACCUUUAAAUGUAUUUGCGUUUGACAGACACUAGUAGCAAGUUUUCUUCCAUUUCAGUGGGUUCCAGAAAUAACCCAUCACUGUCCGAAGACACCGUUUUUACUUGUUGGUACCCAAGUCGACUUGCGUGAUGAUGCUUCAACAAUAGAGAAGCUAGCCAAGAACAAGCAAAAACCCAUCACUGUUGAAUCUGCAGAAAAGCAAGCACGAGAGCUAAGAGCUGUCAAAUAUGUAGAAUGCUCUGCGUUAACACAAAAGGGCCUGAAAAAUGUCUUUGAUGAAGCAAUCUUAGCAGCACUCGAACCUCCAGAGCAACCGAAGAAAAAGAAAUGUACAUUGCUUUGAACAAUGGACUGGUACAUGUAAAUUGAUGUGGAAAAUGACACUCACAAUGUUGAUUUGGGACAAGAUUCUGUUUGUCCACACACCUAGCUAUACAACGAAUGCUGUGUAGAACUGGAGUGGAUUAAUACAUGGGUGUUCUAAACAGAAGCUGUGUAGAUGUACCAUUAUCUAAAGAAAGAGUUGUAAAAAAAAAUGUCUGAAUGUUUAAAGUGAGAGCCAAAGACUAUGAUUUAUUUGUUUUGACUUUUAAGGCACUAGCAGAGGUUCUUGCUUGUCAACUGAAACUCUCUUUCUUUGAUUCUGCUUUGCUGUUUUAAUAUUAUGAUAUAUAUGUAUCGUCACUCGUAGAAGCAUAAUAACCUCUUGAUAAAUUGAAAGCUGUGGCAUUAGGCAUGUAUGGGUAUUUAUUGUGACAAACAAGAGUGUUUCAGAAUCAAGGCAAAACUAGUAGGUGAUGAUAAAUUGAACUGGUACCUCUGUGUAACCCAACUUGCCAGUUACCUGACCAAAUCCUUCAGUUGCUUGAUCCAAGCAAGGUAGCUAAUCAAAAGUGCUGAAUAUUGCUCUGGAAUUUAAUUGGCUUCUAUUGGUAUUGUAUAUUAUUUUGCUAACUUUUCAUGUAGCAAUGGGUAGCUGCAUGAUAUCUGAUUUUCUGUUUUGUUGGCAGUGGAUUUAUAAAAAUGUAAGUUAUUGCGUCAAUCAUUCUAGUAUCAGUCAAUAACCAUUCGUGACCUUCUGUUGACUUGUUGGGAAGGCCUAAGCUGCUAUAAGCUUUUCUUUCUCCUUUAGUGAUUGUCAAAUUCUCCAAUAAUGUACCUGUUAUUAGUAAGUAUGCAGGAAGAACAGGAUUGUAAGGUUCAAUCGUAUUCACACUGUACUGGAAAGCUUUCAUGUUGUCUCAUUUGCUUUUUUGUGUUCACACAUGAAAUGCCAUUUUUCAGCUGCUGCACGGCAGUGUUAAUCAAACUGAAAAACUUUGUACCAUGUUGAAAGUUUUAGGCUUUUGUUUUAUGUUGUUGUUCACAUUGUACCAUAUCAGUUUCUGUGCUGGCACAAAAAUCCUUGUGGUAUAGUGUGAACAGUGCGUGAGUGAUGAAUAUUAUCUAGAAGGAAACAAGAGCAAGAUUUGGUGCAAGUUCACACUUGUGACAGUUAUGAUCACUCACUGAAGAGAUGGAGGUUGAACACUCAUCAUCUCUUAGGUCCUACAUGCAGUAAUGUUUUUGCUAGAAAAUGUAAACUAGUAAUUAUUGGAUGGCCUUAAAUUCUUGGUGUGUUGAGAUGUUGAAAUUGAUAAUUUUCCUUCAUGUAAAAAGGAUCAGUUAUAAGCUAUUGGCUGCAUCUUGCUGUUCUCUUUUUUUGACCCUUUAAGUCCCAGUAUCCCUGUACAAAUUCUCCAAACUGUUCUCAAUACAUUUCCUAAAGAGUGUUUAGAGAAUUUAAUAAAAGAUCUCUGCAAUUUCCCUUUGUUAAUCACUUUAAUAAUUCUCACAACUAUUUCUCUUGAAAAUGUAUGUAAAUUGCUAGGAGAAAAUUGAUGGUGGUCAAACUUGAGAUUUACGGGGUUAAACUCUAGUAGAAAUCUUGUAAUGCAUCUAUUGCAGUCAAUGGCUUGACUAUUUAUUUUAUUGAAGAUUAUUGUGUUGAAUUCUAAAGUGAUCAGUUGUGUGCUUACUAACAAUACUUUUUACAACUAGAUACAUUCAAAAUGGUACAGAAAUAUU